UCCUAAAAUCACUGCUUGUGUCCGCUGUUGGAGGACGAUGUUCUCGCACUGAAUUAUUGUUGCAGUGCAAAGACAGUUUUAAUUCACCCUACAACAGUGUUGUAGAAAGUGUUUGAGUUCACCAGAGAAACGUAUAAUAUCCUAACCAUAACUGUGGCUAACUGGGUAUUCACUGUUCCGAGGCAGAGAGUGACCCGGCUCUUGUGACGGCUCUCGACGGACUGUUGAGUAGAUCUAACACGCAAGACAGAACACUGUGUUGCUGAAGGCUGAAUGGAGUCCGCUAAGACCAUGACAAAUAACGUUUUUCUUUAAAGCAUGAAGAAAAGUGUUUCAAGGUCCUAGACUGAUCAAGCCACCAGCUGCAAUGGCUCUCACUUUCUGCAGAAGCUCAGCCAUGAGGGUGCCUCUUGUGGCAGUUGUCAACCACUCAAAGACAUUCGUGCCUCUCCGAAACAAGACUUAUGGGAGGAGCACUGCAGUCUUUCAUGAAAGAAAUAAGAAAGGAACAGACAGUGAUGAGAAGAAGAUGCCUUUCAGGAAAGCUUUCAAGGAAGCAAUGUAUAGAUUGGGCCCUGAGACAAAGCUGUUCUUGAAAGAACAGAGGGAAGCGUAUGCCACCAAUCCAAUGCUUGGCUUGGAGCAUGGCAAUUACGAGGUUAUAUACAGGUUCAACGACCCUUCCUCCGUGUCCAGCUGGGUGGCCACUGCUGACUCAGACAAUCAGGAAGGAAAAAGUUCAGCAAAUUUCACCUUCAGCAAAAACAGGACAGGCCUCUUCCAUGGAUUUCUGAAUAAAGAAGUGCCAAAAGAUGGUGUCACAAAAUAUGCAGGCUAUGCAAAUAUCUCUGCUCCUAAACCUUAUAAAUCAUUUGGGAGAGAAACAUCGUAUGAUUGGUCCCUCUUCAACUGCAUGUUGCUACGGAUACGAGGUGAUGGCCGUCCAUAUUUGAUUGUCAUUGGCUGUGAUUUCUACUACGAUGUGAACUGGCUGAAUCGCUGGUCGUGCCCUCUCUUUACAAGAGGUGGCCCUUACUGGCAGAUUGUAAAGAUCCCAUUCUCAAAAUUCUACACAACCCACUCUGGGAGGAUACAAGACAAACAGGAGUACUUGCCCCUGAACGUCAUCAACAGCGUCGGCAUUACAACUGCUGACGCCGCUGAGGGGCCGUUUUAUCUGGAGAUAGACAGCAUCGCUCUCAUGUACGACAUCAAUCUCUCGGGGAAACAUGCGUACGAACUGUACCAAAACAAAUACUAUGAAGUACAGAGCUGACAUUUAGGGUUUUGUAGUUGCUGUUUAGGGAUGGGAGUUUGUUGGGUUUUGGGUUGCUGGUUUUUUUAAAACUCAUCGACCUCUUCAAUGACGAAAAUUCUUCCCAAGUUUACAGGAGGUGAGGCAGGGAGAUUUUAUUGCUUUGGUCUCUGCAUAUUCCCAUGGUGUUGAAGAUAGGUACAAUGCCUCUCUCUUACGGACAGAAAAAAAAACCACUUAACAAUUCGUGUUUGCAGUUACCACUACGCCGUGUCAAAGAUAUGGUUAUGUCUCAAAAACUGAUUUUCAGAUGAUACUGAUGGAAGUGUUACUUAGUUCAUGAAAUGCUGUCAGUGCAAGGGUUCUGGACCGUUUGUGUGUGUUAUAUGACACUAAGUGAAAGUAUUCCUGUGUUCAGGGCACGUGGUCUUUGAGUAGAAUGUAGGGACACACUUGUCAGGAGGCAAAAAGUUCACCUCUCAUGCCAAAGUAUAUCUAGUUAAAGUUUGCUCAGUCAGUUUCAUGAAAGAUGAAUUUAGAUCUUUUAAAUUUUUCACAUCCCCUACUAGAAGCAUAGGUUGGACCUUGGCUUUUUCAGUACAGACAAAAAAUAUGAGGUCCAGUCAGUAUGUAUACAUGUUAAAGACUGUGGUGAUUGGAGGUUUUUGAUGAGCAGGACUGUGAGUGUGAAGGCCAACUGCCUGGAGACCCUUGUUUGUCAGUGAAUGAAUGAGUUUGGCAUGACUCGACCGACACUUCUUGUUGUUUUUGAAUUGAGGAUUGUACAUAAUGAUACAUAAACAAACGUUUCUGUCA